AAAGCUAACAACAUAUUAACAGGUUCUCUUUUGUAGUUCCGAAAUCUAACCUGAUUCUUCUUGCUUGAUACUAGUACUCCUCAAACUCGCUCUCCUUGCCCUGUUCGUUAAAACCAACAAUUCAAGCUAUCAUAACUUCCCUUUAUAUAUCGAUCAGAUGAUGGAGAGCAGUGAAGAAGAAGAUGACUUUCCAUCUAUUGAGAGCAUCACUCCACAGUCCAAGAUUGAUUCUGUUCACCAAUCCCAUACUGAAAAGGGGAUCAGAAAACUUUGUUGUGAGCUUUUGGAUUUGAAAGAUGCUGUGGAGAACUUAUGUGGGAAUAGACGCACAAAAUACUUGGCUUUCUUGAGAAUGUCUGAAGAAGUAGUUGAAAUGGAGCAUGAGCUGGUUGAGCUGCGAAAGCAUAUCUCUUCUCAAGGGAUUAUCGUGCAGGAUCUAAUGACUGGGGCGUGUCGUGAAUUGGAAGAAUGGAGCCGGCAAAAUGCUGACACUAACGAGACACCGCCAGACCCUAAAGUAGGUGAAGGUCAAGAUCCUUUGCUAAACGAAAUGGAUGAUCACGAGAAGGCAUUCCUGGAGAAGAUCGAUGUUCUUUUGGCUGAACAUAAAGUUGAAGAAGCCCUGGAGGCCUUAGAGGCUGAAGAGAAAAAUGUAUCCGAGCUAAAAGCUGGAGAUUCUUCAACUGAAUCAUCCUCCUUCAAGUCUUUAUUUCUAGAAAGGAAGGCGAUGCUCGAAGAUCAGCUUACUGAGGUUGCUGAACUGCCUGCAGUGAGUGCCAAUGAACUAAAGAAGGCAUUAUCUGGUUUAAUUAAGCUCGGGAAAGGUCCUUCAGCACAUCUAUUACUCCUGAAAUCUCGUGGUUCCCGCCUGCAGAAAAACAUUGAGGUUUUUCUUCCUUCAUGUUCAGUCUGCCCAAAGACGUUUCCCGCCACAUUGUCCAGGCUUGUCUUUUCUAUGAUCUCAUUGACAACGAGAGAAUCCGGUUUGAUAUUCGGUGACAAUCCCGUGUAUACCAAUAGAGUUGUUCAGUGGGCAGAGUGGGAAAUUGAAUUUUUUGUACGGUUGGUGAAGGACAACGCACCACCUUCAGAAACGAUUGCAGCAUUACGUGCGGCUAGCAUUUGUGUUCAGUAUAGUCUUCACUACUGCUUAAUGCUGGAAUCACAAGGGUUGAAACUAUCAAAGUUGCUUUUGGUGCUCUCGCGUCCAUACAUUGAGGAAGUGCUAGAGUUGAACUUUAGAAGGGCUAGAAAGGCGGUUUUUGACUCGAUGGAAGUUGAUGAGAACCUGCCUCUGUCGUCCUACUUUGUGUCUGCUUUGUCGGCUUUUGCAACUUCUUCAAAUAGCGUGCUAGUGGAUAAUGGAAUGAAAUUUUUGUAUAUUAUUUCGGAUAUUUUGGAGCAGCUUACGCCACUGGUUGUUUCACAUUUCGGGGGAAACGUACUACCUAGAAUUUCACAGCUGUUCGACAAGUAUAUGGAUGCACUAAUUAGAGCCCUACCUGGCCCUUCAGAUGAUGACAGUCUUACGGAGCUGAAAGAGACGAUACCAUUUAGAGCCGAAACUGAUUCGGAGCAACUAGCUAUUCUGGGGAUAGCAUUUACAAUUAUGGAUGAACUAUUACCAAGUAUGUUGGUUAAAAUUUGGAGUCCGAAGAGUGAAAACCAGGAAACUGGAAACGAAAACAUUGUUCCUAAUGCAAGUACAACUACAGAAUUAAAAGAUUGGAGGCGACAGCUCCAGUACGCUUUUGACAAGCUCAGAGAUCAUUUUUGCAGGCAGUAUGUUUUGAGUUUCAUCUAUUCAAGAGAAGGCAAAACACGGUUAAACGCACAAAUAUAUUUGGGUGGAGAUAGAGAAGACUCACAAUGGGACACUCUGCCUUCUUUACCAUUUCAGGCAUUAUUUGCUAAGCUACAGCAGUUAGCAACUGUGGCCGGAGAUGUUCUACUUGGAAAAGAGAAGCUUCAAAAAAUUUUGCUCGCAAGACUCACAGAGACUGUUCUAAUGUGGUUGUCUGAUGAGCAGGAUUUCUGGGGCGUGUUCGAGGAUAAAUCUAUUCCACUUCAGCCUCUUGGAUUGCAGCAGUUAAUUCUUGAUAUGCAUUUCACUGUUGAAAUAGCUCGAUUUGCGGGCUACCCAUCUCGGCAUGUGCAUCAGAUCGCAUCGGCCAUUACUGCUCGUGCAAUCAGAACCUUUACUGCCAGAGACGUUGAAAGUGCACUCCCGGUGGACGAAUGGUUUGUUGAAACCGCAAAAUCUGCAAUAAACAAGCUUCUAAUGGGAGCAUCUGGGUCGGACACAUCUGAAAUCGAUGAUGAGCACAUUAUUCUACACGACGACAUCGUCUCAGAUUCUGAUGAUACUGCUUCUUCCCUAUCUUCGGUAGAGUCGUGUGAAUCAUUUGCUUCUGCAAGCAUGGGUGAACUAGAGAGCCCCAAUUUUACCGAUCAAGAGAACUAACCAACCAGAAUUCCGGUGGUCCAAAAGCUGUUCUCGUCGUAUUCCCAAAGUCUGAUACUUAAUCAAGAUUUUGAACUUGCAAAUUCAGGCACCGUUGCUUAGAAGUAGAGUAUUGUAGGAUUUAUGUUGACAGAUUUUGUAGUAUAUUGUAUGCUGUUUGAAUUGUUUUGACAAAAGAGGUUUCAUUAUUCAAAAAAUAUUUUAACACA